AUGGCUGCGGGAAUCAACAAGAAACUCCAAACUCCCAAUGAGAGAGAUGUACGAGAAAUCCCCAACCCAGAAGCAUAUGCAGUUACCCGUUGUUGCGGACUCUUGGACGGCAUGAGACUUGAGUUCCACUUCCGAUGUGAAGAGUACUAUCUACUCCACAGCGAAAUGUGGAAUGUGGGACUUGCUACAGUUUCUGCUGCCGCGCAACUUCCAAUUGGACAAAAGAAUGAUCGUCAUUACUGUACUACUGCAAUAUGCUGUCCUUCAAGAGUCACAUUAUGGACGGGCAAGAAUGCUCAUAACACAAAUGUGACGGAUGUAGCACCUCCUUAUGGUGGAUAUCAGAAAUUCGUUGAGCAGGGCUUCAAUGAUGCAUAUCUCCCAGUCUGGCUUGAAUAUGCUGGAUACAGCACUUUCUACACGGGUAAACUUUUCAAUCAUCACACUGUGAGCAAUUGGAAUAAACCCCAUCCAGCUGGAUGGACUUCGUCCGAUUUUCUUUUGGAUCCGUUCACAUAUCAAUAUUAUAAUUCUACAUUUCAAAGGAAUGAACAUCCGCCUGUGAGUCACGAGGGCGAAUACUCAACCGAUGUCCUUGCGCAGAAGGCAUACGGAUUACUUGAUGAAGGAGUACAAUCCAGAAAGCCAUUCUUUUUGGUCGCAGCGCAAAUCGCCCCUCACGCGAAUGUUGACCCGGCUGCAUUUAAGCCUGGAGAGGGAAUCCUGAUGACGGCUCCUAUUCCUGCUGAGAGACACAAGCACUUGUUUCCUGGUGCAAAGGUUCCAAGGAAUGCUAAUUUCAAUCCAGACAAGCCUAGCGGAGCCUCAUGGGUAAAACAUCUAGAUCAACUAACUGACGAGGUUAUCGCAUAUAAUGAAUGA